GAAAACAUGGCGGACGUGGAAGCGUCGAAGUCUCUGAGCGGUCUGUUGAACGGAAUCGCUCAAAAAGUGUAUUAUAAAAACACGGAAAUCACCGAGGAGCUGCUGAAAAACGAGCUUUAUCCCGAACUGUCGCGGGAGCAGUUCGAGGCUCUGCACGAGAAGAUGAAAGGCGCCUUAAAGUCUAUCGCCACAGCAGACAUGGACCACGCCCAGCUGGAGGCCUUCCUCACAGCUCAGACCAGGAAGCAGGGCAGCGGUGGGGUGAGUGCCGAGCAGGCCGCCGCUCUCUCUCGCUUCUGGAAGAGCCAGCGGGUCCGGGUGAGGGAGAGCUUGCUGGCUCAGAGCCGCUGGGAGCCCGGACUCAGGGGCCUCUCCUGGAGGGUGGACCUCCAGGCCGCAGCCAGUCGGGGGGAUACAGCCCACGGCGGCCCUGUCGCCCUGGUGGAGCUGGAACUGGGCAGGGCCGGACAGGACUCAGAGUUCGUGUGUCUGGAGUUUGAUGAAGCCAAAGUCAACCAGAUGCUGAAGAAGAUGGCUGACAUCCAGGAGAGCAUCGACCGGAUCGCUCACCGCACCUGAGGCCCUGUGUCUGUGAGAGUCCAUGUGGGACAGCAGAGAAACACUGACUCUGAUGGACAUCUGUCCUCUGAGUGUCUCCACCUGUGUGGAUCUUUUCUCUGGUCCAUGUCGUUCAAACCGCAUGGCGCAGAAAUGGCCGUUGUUCAGAUUCGUGUUUGACAGAAUGGAUCCAACACGGCUUAGAAAACUGUUUCUGACGGCACAUCAGAUGGAGUAACAUGCUAACGUUAACAUGAUUUAUGCUCGUGUGCUAAAUUUUCCGGAUCUGAACAUGCUAACUAUAGCUAAUAUUAGCAUUUAGCUCAAAGUAUAAUCCACUAAUACUGAUUCUGUGUUGUACCAGCGUCCUCCUAAACAUUCACUCAGCCCAGGUCCAGCUGACAAAGUCCAGGCUGGUCUGAUAAAAUGGGGCCUUUUAUUGCCAUUAACAGGUGCUGUCAGGUUUCUGCUGAGAGAAGAGUUCAGACUGUCCUGUCCCUUUAAGACAGAGGCGUCAGACUCCAGUCCUCACUCAUCAGUUCUGAAGAGGAACAAAAACCAGGACGACAUCAGCACUUCACGACCAGAGUGUGACACCGCAGCUUAAAGGUGUUUACUGGUUCAGCUUUAGAGUUUCAGAGCUUAGAGUCGAUGAACGCUGCACACCUGUCCAACGGGAUGAAUCAGGUCCGUGUUCAGGAGGAGGCCACGUUACCUCAGAGGAGGAAGAGGAGGAUGAGGCUUGAUACAAAAACAAAACAUAAAAACCCUUUAAACUCAGAACAGUCUGAACCACAUCAACCUGGUUUAGAUCCUAUUUACAACCCAGCACAAGUUCAUGGACAUUUCUGUCUCUCAGUGUAAAUAUUUCCUGUCUCUGUCCUAAGUGCUUGGUAAUAAACCUGGUUAGACUUUGA